GACGCUCCGCUCGUUCUACACCUCUCCCUCCCUGUCCAUCAGCUUCGUCUGCUCCCGCAUCCGUCGAUUCCCCUUCCGUCCGCUGACCGAUAAGCGUACCACUGUCAGGGUCGAAGAAAGAAGAGGUCGUGGUCCCAAGUGUGCCUCCAGCUGUUCCGCGUCGUCGGCCGCUUUCUCCUUCCUCCGGUACUCCCCAUCAUCCACCACGGCUUCUGUGUGAUUACGCUCGAGACUCGGAGCAUACUCGCCAUGUCACUCAUCGCCAACUGCUUUCGACGCCUCACCGAGACACCGGCUAAGAACGAGCUGAAGGGCUACAAGGUCACCGACGUGAACCGCAUACGAAAAGUCGGCGUUGCCUGCAGGAGCCUUCAGGAGCUGAAGCGGAAAGCGUGCGCGAAGCUGAACGUAACUAACGACCUCGCCGAGAUCAAUGUCUAUCUUCUCGAUGGCUCGUUGAUUGACGAGGAAGAGUAUUUUUCCACGCUGAAACCUCAAACGACGCUGAUCCUUCAGAAACCUGGCGAAAAAGUGUUAAGCGAUGCGGACCUUCUGUACAACACUUUGAGACGCGUUAACAUCGAUAUUCUGAUUGCCGGCGAGAAAGCGUCCGAGUUCCUCACGGAGAACCUUAAAGCGAAGGUCGCCGUUCUAAAUAACGUCCUGAACAAAGACGAUUCGAAGACGAUGUACAGCAGCAGGGACGAGCAUCCGGAAUGGUUUCGUGGUUUGGAAACCAACUGCACGACCAAAGAGGCGUACCUGCAUCGUAGGUGUCAGGACAGGAUACGUGGCUACCUCUACAAAACGAUCGAGCAGAUUAAAUCGUCAGACGCAUUUACGAAGGAUCCUCGAGCCAGGAAGCAACUGCUGUACGCCAUAGCGUUCUUCAAGAUGCAGUUGAAGGAGGACCACUACUUUGGCUUCUACUUCGACAGGAGCCGAGCAAAGACAGUGGCGACGAAGGGUGCAGAUGAGCCUGACUCUGCCGAAUGCUACGACCACUGUCCCUGCAAGUUGAAAUGGGUAGAUUACAGCACGUACUUUCGGUUAUUCGGAACGGAAGAAGAGAAGUGCGACGACGUUGACAGCGUGAAGAAAAGGAACAAGAGGAACUCGUUGGCGGAUCUAAAGACUGAAGAGGAGGAGGCAGAGGAGAACUGUCCUUAUAAGAUUAAGAGGACAGAGAAGGAAACCUGUGUCGCGUUGUGCGACCAUACGGGCGAGUUCAGGUGUUGGGGCCAGUGGAACGAAGAAAAGUGCUCUUAUGGGGACAGGCACAAGAUCAAUCCUUAUAGGUCGAAGGAGGAGCUUAUUUUAUUUUCCACGUGGAACUUUGAUCACAAGAUCGAGAGGUCAAGAACUUUAAUUCCGCUGCUUCUGAAAUUAGCAUCCCAAGGCAACACCAAGGAGACAGACCUCAUCGAUAUCUACGACAAUCUGUUCACGAUGAAGAACUUGAGGCUGAUUCACAUCGUGUGUCACGAUAAGUGCGCGCACAAAUAAUUAGUUACUACGUGGCGGGAUUAAUCUAACCGAUGUUCCAAGACGCGGCAGAUCACUAUCAACAUACGUAACACGUAGAAGAACCUCUGAACGUAAUCGUAAUUCUUCGUAUGAAAAGCGUACCUAUUUGUAAACCGCUGUUUAUAGUUGACAGAAUUUCAAAGUUUAUUAAUUAUCAUAUCCGAUAGUGAUUCCGUUGCGCCACGAAGUAACAAGCAAUACCGAUCGCGAGAUCGAAGAAUUCUCUUCUUUCUAUGGUAGAUUAAGUCCAACUUUCCUGCAUUGCAACCGUCGCAAUUUUCUAUUAUCUAUCAUGAAACUAUGCACGAUAGAGUCUAUUCGAUAAGAUAAAGCGGUCGAAAGUCGCAUUUGCGAUCGAUGGUUUAAAAGUAAGGUGGACGAGAUCAGUGUAGGAACUUGUCGAUUUCUACUUUACGACAGAGAAACAUCUUGCGCACAACUUUCGUAUUAGUCGGUAAAGGAGAAACCGCGCACGUCGAUAAUUCAAACACAUAGCCCUCGAGAGUAACAGAUUGAAAUAUAAAUUAGUGCACAGUCGAUACGACAACUUUUUUAACACGUUUUUAAGACAUCUUUACGCAUCCUAACGAUUACUGUAAACUUUCUAUCGACACUUUGCUGAAUCAAUGGCGUUUCUCCUUUUUCAGCAUAAAAACCGAGCUCCGCGCGAUGGAGCACUCAAUUUAUCGUACAGGGUUGGGCGCAACGGAAUAAUCGCGGAUUAAAGAGGGUUUAUCAAGGCGAAUCAAAGGUGUUCGUCUAGAGAUCACGGCCUGUUUCGCUGAGACUGUCAUGACAGGCCCGUCUAAGGACGACCAGACUUUGGCACGCGUUAUAGUUUAUCUUUGAAGGAAUAUACUUCGUAAGAUCGAG